AUGCCCCGUAAUCAGAAAAUAGAACAAGAUAUAAUUCAAGAAGUAAUCCUGUUUAUUAAAAAAUCUCUUACCUUAUCGAGUGAUGAAAAAGCAUACUCACAAAAUGAACCUAAUAUUUCUGAAACCCACGAUAGUAAUAUAGAAAUAAACAAUGAUGGACGAGAGUUGGCCCAAUUAUUUUCUGAUGCUGAAUUUGCAGAAGGCAAAACGAUAAAGGCUAAGCAAAAAGAG